AUGUGCCAUCCGAUAGUAAGAGAAUGGCAGGCAUGCCCACCGUCGACUCCGGUACCAGCGCCAACACCAGCGCCAACACCACCGCCUUCUCUUCCUGAAAUUUUACAGAUUAUUACCUUUAUUACUCACACAACAAAUAACGCGUCUUCCACCCUAACGUCAGCUGCUUUCCAGGGAUUAUCUACCGUCGUCUCGGGUGAAGCUGUCAUCAAUGGUACACUGACGAUGACUCAAUUUGUGUUCUUGGCCAUGAUGAAAAAUCUUCUAAACGGCACCAAGAGCGUAGCAGCCCCCACAUCUUUACCGACGAAUUUCGGCGCCAUCAAUUGCAACCAAGAAGGCUGGGGCCUUUGUCUGUCUUGCACGCCUGCCGGAGUUAACCCCAAGAUUCGUAAAGGGACCACCAUCACCAUCACUCGUCUCCCAGAGCCGCCGGAUAUAUCGCUUUCUCGAUGUCUUUUCUCCUUUCUGUGUGCCAACCCGCGGCCGGGGACGAGUGCUCAGACUGUAGAGGGCGUCGAAGACGAAAUCCAAGUGAAUCAGCUGACUGUGGAUGUCGAUGGGCGAAAUCCCGGAACCUUCAGCGACACCAACUACAAAGACACAGCCCGCCACCACCGCUUCUAG